AUGGCUGAAACUGCAAUUCAACUACCCUACUUAUCAUCUCACUAUGCGCUUCCCGAAUCGACCCUCACGACCUUAACGCAGGCUCCCACCGUGGAACUUGUCAAUCAGCUUUUAGAGUCAAUCAACAAAAAGGCUCAUGAAUCUGAUGAGCUCAAAUCCGACAAACUUCGCUUGGAGGUAGAGCUUGAAAAUGCCGUGCGCAGCAAUGAGUCUAAGGUCAAGGUCUUGAAGACCAGCGUGGAGAAGGGACACGCGGAGGUUGCAGAUUUAAGGAAAAAGCUCCAAGAAGCUGAAAAUACACGAUCUGUACUUGAAAGCGAGAUCUCCACCCUCAAAACAUCAUCAACAGCCACUGGAUCCGAGACCACAUCCUUGAAGUCGCGCAUCUCCUCUCUCGAGGCCUCGAACAGAGACACACUGGCCUUGCUAGAAUCGAAAUCCGCAGCUCACGAUAAAUUAGCAGAAGAGCUUUCGGUCCAGCACAAGAAGACCAUCGAACUGCGACGCGAACUUUCUACAGCGGAGCAAAAUCUCCAGAGUGUCAAUGCUGCAUCUGCCAGCGCUCGCUUCCGUGAACAAAGUCUCCAGCAAGAAUUAGAUCUCACUAAGAAGAACAACGAAUGGUUCGAGACCGAGCUUAAGACGAAAUCCGCCGAAUAUAUCAAGUUCCGCAAAGAAAAGAGUGCUCGUAUCUCGGAGCUUCAGCGUGACAACGAAGAAGCAAACUCGACAAUUGAUUCUCUGAGACGGAGUGAGAACUCGCUCAAGAGUCGCUUGGACGAAACCGAGCAGCGAUAUGAAGGCUCUCUGGCUACCAUUCAUCAGUUGAAGGAGGAAGCCAUUCAGGCCACCGAGUCUUUCCGUAUCGAACUUGACAGCUCCAACCGAUUGGCUGAGCUCCAGGGAUCUGCCGCCCAGACAGCCAAGCAACGAGUCCAAGAGUGCCAACUCGCGCUUGAGAAGACCAAGGAUGAUGCAGCACAGGAAAUCUCACGUCUUCGUGUAGAACUAGAGACGGAAUCUAACGACAAGAGUGCUGCAGAGCGCCGUAUCGGCGAGCUUGAGGCACUAGUCGCCCAGCUUGAGUCUGAACCUGCCAGAGGCAGAUCAGCAAGCCCCGCUGUCUCUGUCAAUGGUGUCCCCACUACGCCUCUCCGGGCGAGCAUGAUGCGGCCUGGAACUCCCGGUAGCUCAUUCUCACCCCGAGCCUCCCGUGGUAAGGGUGGUAUGAACAUCACGCAGAUGUACUCCGAAUACGACAGAAUGCGAACCGCUCUUCUUGCCGAGCAGAGAACAUGCCAGGAACUUCGCAACACUGUUGACGAGAUGGUUCUCGAACUUGACUCAACUAGACCUGAGAUUGAGGAGGGACGGGCAGAACAAACUCGCUUGGACCAUGCCGUCGUGGAAAUGUCUACUUUGCUUGAGGAGGCAGGAAAAGAACGUGAUAAUGCCCUCAGGGAAUCCAGGAAAUGGCAAGGUCAGGUCGAGGGGUUGGCUCGCGAGGGAGACAUUCUUCGCCAGCAACUUCGCGAUCUUAGUGCUGAAGUCAAGGUCCUCGUUCUGGAGGUUGCUGUCGCAAAGCAUGGCGAGGACUACGACCGUGAGGAGCUUGAGAAGAUCGCUAGGGGUGAAGUUGAAGAGUCGGCUAAGGAUCUGAACGAGACCGGCCGCUUCAUCAGCAAGCACCUCACAACCUUCAAGGAUCUUCACGAACUCCAAGAGCAGAACCACACUCUCCGACGUAUGCUGAGAGAGCUCGGUGACAAGCAGGAGGGCGAAGAAGCGCAAGCCAAGGAAGUUGCACGACAGGCAGAUAUGGACGAGUUGAAGGAGCUACGGAUCCGUGCACAGACAAACCGUGAUGAGAUUGCGAAUCUGAGCGCCCAAAUGCAGAGUUAUGUUAAGGAGCGUGACACGUUCCGAAGCAUGCUUAUGCACCGAAGACCAACUGUCGAGGACCCAUCUGUCUUCUCGCAGUCGAUGCCACUUGGUGCUGCGCCCCAGGGAGCGAUUGAGAGCUCAGCACCGGACUAUGCAGAGUUACUCCGGAAGGUCCAAACCCAUUUCGACACCUUCCGCGAAGAGACUACCACCGAUCACAAGGCGCUGCGCCAGCAAGUUAACGAGCUAUCUCGUAAGAAUAGCGAACUUCUUUCCGACAUUAGUCGCUCAAGCAGCCAGCUCGCUGCCGCCACCCAACGUGCUGAGCUUCUGCAGAGCAACUUCAAUAUGCUCAAGAGCGAGAAUGCCGAGAUCCAAAAGCGCUACUCAGCCCUCUUCGAGAAUGCGAACCGACAAGAUCUCCGCACACAACAAGCUGCCGAGGACCUCGUUGAGGCCAAGGGUCUUGUUGAGAGCCUUCAAAGAGAAAAUGCCAACCUCAAGGCUGAGAAGGACCUGUGGAAGAACAUUGAGAAGAGACUUAUCGAAGAUACCGAAAACCUACGGAAUGAACGCGGUCGUCUUGACUCAUUGAACGGAAACCUUCAAACUAUCCUCAACGAACGUGAACAUACCGAUGCCGAGAGCCGACGCCGACUACAAGCCAGCGUCGAAUCACUCGAAUCCGAACUUCAAACGACCAAGCGCAAGCUCAAUGAUGAAGUGGAGGAAUCCAAGAAGGCCAGCCUACGUCGGGAAUAUGAGCAAGAACAAUCCCAGAAGAGAAUUGACGACCUGGUUACUAGCUUGGGCUCAGUCCGCGAGGAACUGGUUGCCGCCAAGACCACCCGGGAUCACUUGCAGAGCCGUGUGGAUGAGCUUGCUGUAGAGCUCAAGAGCGCUGAAGAGCGUCUGCAGGUCUUGAACUCGCGACCAAGCGUCUCUGCUGGUACUACUGAAGGACCCACCGAAGGCCAGGAAUCUGGCGAAGGAACUGGUCUUUCUCGUGAACAAGAACUUGCAAUUGAGGUUUCGGAAUUGAAACGAGAUCUCGAAUUGGCCAAGGGUGAAUUGGAACACGCCAAGCAGUUGGCUGAAGAUUACCAGGCCAUUAGCCAAGCCAGUGAGGAGCGCCUGGAGUCUGCUACCGAGACACAGGAGCAAUACCGCGAAGAGACCGAUCUUCUAGUGGAGGAGAAGAACAAGAGGAUUCAAGACCUCGAAACUCGCGUUGAGGAAAUCUCUACUGAACUUUCCAAUUCAAAUACGGAGAUGAUCAAGCUCCGUGAGGAGCAGUCAGAGGUCACUCGUCGAAUGGAAGAGCAGAAGUCUACCUUUGAGUCCGAAAUCACUCGUCUCAAAAACGACAAUGAACGAUAUGUUGAUGCGACCAAGUACCAUCAGACCGAUCUUAAUGCACAGGCCGAAAUCGCCCGCAAUGCUCAAUCGAACUACGAAACCGAGCUUGUCAAGCACGCGGAGGCAGCAAAGAAUCUCCAGAUUGUUCGUGCGGAGAGCAAUCAGCUCAGGCUCGACAUCGCUGAGCUCAAAGCCCAAUCCGAAACCUACAAGACAGAUCUUACUCAAAAAGAGGAAAGCUGGGCAGAGCAACGAGCCACAUACGAAGGCGAGCUCUCUGAGCUUCAGAAGCGCCGGGAGGAAGUCAUUCGCCAGAACUCAGUCCUACACGCCCAGCUCGAAAACAUCACGAGCCAAAUCUCGUCUUUGCAGCGGGAUCGCAUGAAUAUCUCAGAAGAUGAGCAAGAGGGAGACCAAGCAGCCCCCAAUCUUGAGGGUCUCCAGGAGGUUAUCAAGUUCUUGCGUCGCGAGAAAGAAAUUGUCGAAGUUCAGUACCACCUUUCGACUCAAGAGAGCAAGCGGCUUAACCAGCAACUCGACUACACACAGUCUCAGCUUGAUGAGACUCGCCUCAAACUUGAGCAACAGCGUCGUGCUGCGGCGGAUAGUGAUCACAGUGCGCUCAAUCACAACAAACUUUUGGAAACUAUCAACGAGCUCAAUGUUUUCCGUGAGAGCAAUGCUACUCUCAGGAAUCAGCUGAAGCAAACUGAGGCAGCGAGAGAUGAGAAGAUCGCUCGUGAAAAUGAGCUGGUGCUGGAGAUCGAACCUCUCAAAACCAAGAUCCAAGAGUUGGAGAGUCAGAAUGAAGGAAAGGAUGGAGAAAUUGCACUUCUACAGGCUGAUCGGGACCGCUAUCAACAGCGUGUCCAGAACAUUCUUCAAAAAUACGAUCGUGUCGAUCCAACUGAGAUGCAAGAGCUCAAGGAGAAGCUUACCAGUCUCGAGAACGAGAAGGCCGAGGCUGUGUCCGCGCGAGACGAGCUGCAGACUCAGCUCGAAGGUCUUCAAGCCCAAAUUGCAACCUUCCCUGAGCAGCUUAAGCAGCAUUCCGAUGAACGUGCCCAUGAUUUGCGAACCAAGCUCACAGAGCAAUUCAAGGCACGCUCUAAGGAUCUCAGCGCGCGUGUCAAGGCUAAACAAGACGAACUCAAUGUGGCUUUGCAGGAGAAGGAGGUCAUCCAAACUGAACUCCAGGCCACAAAGAAUGAGUUGGAAGCACUAAAGACCAAGGUUGCAGAGACGCCUGUAGCAGCUGUGACACCCGCUCCCGCUCCAGCUCCCACUGCAGGAGACGCAGCCCCAGUCAACCCUACUCCGGCUUCGCAAUUCCCCACCGCGACGGUCGCAGUCCCCGGUCCUGGUGAUAUUCAAAAGAUCCAAGCUCUCGAGCAAAAGAUUCAGCGCUUGGAGGCCGCCCUCGCUGAAAAGGAUGGACUUUUGGCCACGCAAGCCAGCGAGCUGGAUGCGAAGGUCAAGGAACGCGCCGACCGCCUCAAGGAUAUGUACAACACCAAGCUCAACGAAGUCAAGGCUGCUCAUCGCCAGGAAAUCGAGAAGCUUUCUACCAGUGAACAGCCUGUUCCUGGAACACCCGCUGCGGCCCCCGAUGCAGCCCCUGCCACACCUUCGAAGACCAUUGAGCUUGCUGGGUUCACCAUUCCCGAGCUGACAGAUGCUCAAGCUAGAGAGCUUGUCGCGAAGCACGAAACUAUUCGCACUAUUGUCCGAAACAACAUUCGCGGUGGAGUUAUGCGCGAGCAGCAAAAGAUGCAGCAGGAGGCCCAAGCUUCCUCCGGUGUCAGCGAAGAGGCAUUGGCUGGCCUACAACAAAAGUCGGCCGAGGAGAAGGAGGCCCUGAUCAAGGCCCACGAAAUCGAGAUCAAGGAUAAGGUCACCUCAGCGGUCGAACUCGUCGAAAAGAAGACAGCUGCUCGCCUCAGCAUGCUUGAUACCAGAUUCCGAACCGCCAAUGCUAAGAUUGAUGUGGUAUCCAAGGCCGCAACAGAAACUCCCCAAAAGCCUGUCGCAGAAGUAUGGGAAAUUGCAAAGACUGCCCGCCCUGCACCGGUCGCAGUUCCUGCUGCUAAGCCCCCGGUACCCACAGCUCCUGUUCAGCCGGCGGUUGCUGUUCCAACUCCAGCACCGCAAGCUCCAGUCGCAGCUCCCUCGGCCCCUGCCCCUGUAGUAGCAACCCCUGCUGUCGCAGUACAGCAAGCGGCUCCUGUCAUUGCACCUGUCGAGACCGCUGUCCCCCAGCAGGGAGGAGCACAGCCCACAGCACCUCCAAACCCAUUCGGUCAAGCUCAGCAAGCUGAUCAAACCCAGCAACCCUCUAAUCUCCCCAGCAAGCCUCCUGCUGGGAAUCCCCCUGGUCUGAUGCGGGCUCUUCAAUCCGGACUCCCUAUUGCAAGAGGCGGACGUGGUGGGCGUGGUGGUGGCCAACAAUUCGGCCAUGGUCAGCAGCCAGACCAGCAGCAACAAGCCCAUGGCCAGCGCGGUUCGGGGAUUCGAGGCCGUGGUGGACGUGGUGGUCAAGGCCGCGGCGGCAACCAGAAUCAAAAUAACGCCGCGCAAGCCCAGAGUCCCACCGCCAACCGUGGAAAUCUGAAUGCUUCGGCUCGUCAGUUCAUUCCUGGACAGGGCAAUAAGCGCACUCGUGAUGAAGGCCCGGAUACUACCACUGAACCCGGAAGCGGGGGCAAGAGACAGAGAGGUGGUGGUGGACAGCAGCCUCGCGGUGGAGGCUCUUGA